AAGAAUGCGCGUGACGUCACUUGAAUCUUUCGAUCAAGCAUGGCGUCUGUGUAGACUAUAAAGUAUAGUAUUAAUUCUGUCGAUAGAUUUGCGUUGCAAAACGUCAAGAACCAGUGUUACCCCGUGUAUUUGUUGUAGAUAGUAAAACAUAGCAUACUGAAUAAUCACUUAAUGGCUGUCGAUAAACGAGGUAAACAAGCGAAGAGAAAAUGCCAAACAAAAAAGGCCAAACGUGGCAAGGAAAUUGUGAAACAAACUGACUGGAGCAAGUUGCCGCACGCUGUACUGCUGCACCUCUUCCAGUAUCUGCCCCACGCCGACAAGUACCACGCCGCUCAGACCUGCAAGACCUGGCUCCAGCCCAUGUCCGAGCCGUCGUUAUUCCAGACUGGACACUUCCGGUUCGACUCUGUGGGCGUUAACAGGGCGAUAACCUAUGUCAAGGUCAGGGGGAAGCUAUUACGUCACAUCAAAGUCGAUUGUUCAGUCUCCAUAAACUAUCAGCCCCAGACCAGGGCGAUGUACCAGUUCCUGGUCAACCUGCUCAACUCUGGCAACGAUCAACUGCUCACGCUGAGUCUGACCAACACCUGGCACCUGAAUGAGGGCAUCGAGUACCCAAGGUCAAUGCUGGUCCAGCUCAUGGCCGCCGUCCUGACGUCACAGCAACAGCUGCGUGCUCUGGAUCUCUGUAGUGCUAAUGUAUCUGUUGACCAAGGUCGGGAUCUGCUAGAGGCUGCUAGCAGAAACAGUGCCUACACAGUUCACAAGUUGGCUAUUGUGGACCUGAUCAGGAACUUCCGAGGGGAUGUAGAUCUAAGACGCAGUCCAAAGUUAAUUGCAGCUAUGUGCAACUUCCCCAACCUGCGAGAGCUAGACCUGAACAAUGACUACCUGACAGACGAGCUGCUAGACCGUCUGGCAGAGACUACCAAAAGUCUGCAAGUGAUGACCGUCAAUGCCAACGAUUACCUGAAGGCGUGGAGUCGAACCACACCCCCAGCCUGGCAAAAGCUGAGAUCAUUCUGUUGUCAGCUCAAAGUUGUGUUUCUCAUCAAACCUAAAACUGGCUAUUACUUCGACCCCGCCCUCAUGGGAUUACUGACGCCAUCAACACCACUGCACACACUAGACUGGACUUCUGGAGAAUUGAUCUCACUAGACCACAUCAAACAAUGCUUCCAACACAUUGCUACACACUUUCAGAACUCAAUCCGUCACUUGAAAUUCCAAUCAGCUGUUCGUCUUGACAGCAGUGACAUAGGAAUGCUGUUUGAAAGUAUACACACGUGCAGAUAUUUAAAGACUCUGUCUAUCAGUUUAAAAUGUGAUCUGAGCGGUGAUGACAAGUUCUACAAGACUGCCAUCCAAGAUGCUGUUGAUGUGCACCGUAUGACAUGUGCUGUUACAUUUAACGGUCAGACCAUGAAGAGUUAGGACAACUGGCCCAUCCAUUCCCACCGGAGCUCACCAUUUUGUCCAUCAAUGUAAACGUGGUGGAUGGUUGGUGGAGCUUAAGUCACAUGAUGAAUCUUUGUACAACGGAACCUGUAUGAGCAUUUCAUGUUGUUUUUUUCUUUUUUGUUUAACAUGAAUUAAAUGUAUGAGUAAACCAAUGUUAACAAAUGUGCCUGAUUCACUAUGAGUAAACCAAUGUUAAAAAAAUGUGCCUGAUUCACUAUGAGUAAACCAAAGUUAACAAAUGUGCCUGAUUAACUAUUAAAAUUU